UCUGAUUUUCAUUCACGUCUUGGGCGAUGCCAGAUAGAAAAAAUUUCUUUAUUUUCCUUCGCUUUCGCUCUACUCCGAUAAAACCAUCGGACUCGCUAGAAGGCACCUUGUUUCUGCUUGGUGAUUUCUGCAGGUUUACCUUAGGUUUAUUACUCGUAUCAAUUGCAUGAGAUGACUUUACAGUGUUUGCGUAAGUUAAUUUACAUUCUUGCGAUGAAGGCGGCUCAGCACUUGUUGUAUCAUUAUUAGGUUUUAACUGGUCGUUCUCGCUUAAUUUCACGACAACAAGGCUAUCAUUAGUAUUUUCGCAUGCAUCAUCAAUAACAAUGGGUUCUUGAUUAGUGAGAUCGUUAACAGAUUCCGGCCCAUUGAUCAUAUUAGGAUUUGCGAAAUCGUUCAAGACAAAAGGCUUCACAAUUGUUGCAUCAUUAAUGUUAUCUUGAUUAAUAUAUUCAGAUUGUUCGCUCGCUUCAUUCGGAGGCGCUGCCGAGUUUAAAUCGUCUUGGCCGCCUUUAUCUUUAUCCAUAAAGCUCUGGAAAUGCGAAAUCACCGAUGUUAUGUGAGAAAUCGUCCCCGAUAAAGCCCGAAUCGCUUCCGAGUUUACCAACUGGCCUUGUUGAAGGUCAUCUAGAAUUACAUUGACUGUAGACGAUUGCAUGCCCGACUGCCGAGCGUCCAAAAUGGGAGCUUCGGAAGAGCAUAUCAGCUUACAAAACUUUUGUGUAAUCUCGUUCGCUCUCGCACCAUCAAGCUCUAUCCCUCUCUCGGGCUAACCAGAUGACAAAGACGCAUCAAGACUUGGAGGCAGUGUUGCAGCUACUGCAAGAGAAAGAGAAAGACCUGGAAUUGGCAGCCAAUAUUGGUCAGUCAUUACUGGAAAGGAACAAGAAUCUGUACAAGAAAACCGAGGCUUUAGAAAAUUACGUGAACGAAGUUGAAGAACGAGAAACGCAGCUGAAACAUGUCGUGACUAUGAAAGACAAAUUGCUGAAGACGUUCAUUGACGAAGAUCUGAGUGACGUAGAGGAUUAUUCUCCUGCAGACUCCAGUGCCUACGAUUCCUGCAGAGAUGAGUCAAUGCUAAGUCUUCAAGAAAGAUGCGACCAGUUGGAAGACAACAAUGCCAGUUUGAUUUUGGAAGCUUUGAAGAUACGUCAGGAAACUGACAAGGAAGAAGAGAAGGAAAAGGAGUUGGUUUAUGAAUGUAUAAAAGAACUGGCUGAGGCAAAAGGUCAGAUAAGUCAUUUGACUGAUGAAAUAUCUCUGAAGGCUCAAGACAAUAUUGCUCAACAUGAAGAAAUUUCAAAGCUUAUUGAUACCGUAUUGGAACUGCAGGAACGACAUAACAUGCUUACUGAAGAGAAUGAGGGUCUACAGGAAACAUUGAAACAUUCGCAAGAAAAUCAGGAUGAUCUUAAAGGGGAGGUGACGACUUUACAUGAAAAAUACCAGGAAUGUUAUGAAAUGCUGAUGGAAAAUCAACGUGAGAUGAAAAUGAUGAAAGAAAAAUUGAGCCGUCAAAAAAGUACUGGGGACGAAGCUGCGGGAACAUCCCGUCCGGAUCCACGUGACUCGCUGGCUCAAGAGAUCGAGGAGUCUGUAAGAAGAGAUAUUGAAACAUCACAGGAGAAAAAGAAACAUACGGAUCGUGUUAUGCAAACUGUUCGUGUUGCAAAUACCAAACGUUUUCCAAAAGCGAUCAAAGGAGGCAUGCGGCCGGUCAAAGCAGUGAAACCUGGAGCAACAAAAGGCGCAGAAUCAAAACCGUUUGAUUUUAGUUUUGCUGCUGCACCACCAGAUGAGCAGCGCAGGCCUGCGCCAAGCAUGGAUGAGUUGAGAGCAGCCGUGAGGAGACUUAGCGUUAGUGAUAGCAAUGGAGCGCCUCAGGGAAGAACUAGGCGAGCAUGGGCACCAGAAAAACUUCAGAUUGUCAAACCAAUGGAAGGUUCAGCGACACUUCACAAAUGGCAGUCUCUGGCGAAACCAACGAUGAGUGGUCUCCACAGUGUCGUGCCAGGUGUGCACGUCAAGGGAGAGAUAGUGACGCGUAAGGACAAAAGCAGACACGAAACAAACCAGACUAGCACGAGAAGGAAUGAAAAUGACACGAAACGAGAAGAGACAGGAACGAAAAACGUAGAGCAAGACACGAAAGAUAAAAUAGUGCAAAGCACUUCAAAAAAUACUUCAAGUAAAAUUGUGGAUAAAAAGACUAAAAAAGAAGCUAAACUUCAAGAAAACACUCAAGAUAAAUCAAUUGAAAACAGUAAAAAAAGAAACAACCAAGCCAUAACAACGACAGUAACAACCACAGUAACCGUUACUAAACCAGUGCAGUCAAAUCAAGUUAGUAGCACUGUUAUAACAAGUACGAACUCAAAUCUUACUGAAAUUGUCAAGUCAAAACUCUCUGCUGAGCACGUUCUAUCACCAAAAAACGAAACCAGCACCUCGAUAUUAAACACGAUAUUUCGCAGCACGGUCGGGAUAAGUACGGGAUUUUCAUCGUCAACUCCCGUCACUACAACGGCAAAGUCUUCAUUCGUCACCAUGACGACAACGACAACAUCUCCGUCAAUGUCCGUCGGCGGUUUCUCCCGACCUCGUCACGUUAGAAGCAAAAGUAGCGAGAACUUGUUAAGUUUGAUUUCACCCUUCAACCAGAACGAGGAAUCAACGAAUUCCACCUCAAAAAACAUCGGAAUUCCUCCUGCAUCUAACCCGCAAACAGGUGGAAUUGGUCUUGGAGGGUUCGUCGGGAGAUUGGUACGAAGUUCUAGUAACGAGAAUUUAGCGGAUCAAUCGAUUAAGGAGUCUGGAUUCUCCAGAAGUUCGAGCAGUGGGAAGCUAACCGACUUACUAAAGAACUCUGACAUUGCAAAAAAUAUUGGCAAAGCCUCAAGUAUGGACACCAUGACAAAAUCAUCAGGUGUUGAUAUGCAAAACAAGCGUGCUUCAUUUCAACUUGGUGACUCGCCACCUUCUGCAUCUCACCUGGAGAUGAUGGGUGAUCUGGGAGGAUUUGCAUUCAUGAGUGGUGGAGAAAGCUCUAGUCCUCCAGCGAGUGAUAAUGCCCCAGUACUGCCAACUACCAGUACUUCAAGAUCUGUGUUUGAUGCAUUUUCUGGUCUCGGAGGAUUCUUCCGCAGACCUCGAAGCAAGAGUUUGGAUAAUUUAGGACCUCUGCCCACAAGAAUCACAACACCUCCCCAGCCGGUUCCCAACUCAGGACGAAAACCAGUUGAACGUAGUUUAGAAAGGUUUGACCAGGUCUUCGGACCUGGCUGAUCAUGAAACCCAUUUGAAUUGACAGUAUAACUGUGUUGUGUGUGUUUAUAUAAUCACUGACUUACACUAUACUUUAGGAUAGGUCAGUGGCUUAUACUGGAUGAUUGAAAGAAAAGCAUACUUCUGCAAGGAUAUAUUACUUUUACCUCUGUCAUUCCAUGCAACUUUAAGUAAUCUAUGCAAUUGACUCAGCUCUUGAAAAUGAGAAG